UCCCACUCUUGAGGCCCAAGCUUUCCGAGUCCGUUUGCAUCGGUCAGUUCGUUAGUAAUUACGCGGCUGGAGAUACGUUAGGAUAUACAUAGUAGUUGAUUGUGUGAAUAAACGUUGGGUGUGGCGUUUGUUUUUAAAAUGUUUAGUGCACGAUUAUCGAUGGUUUAUCCUUUCGAGGAUUAGUGUCGAAAUACAGAAGAAGAAAAAUGUUGGAUUCCUACACGCAGUCGCAGGUUGAAGCAAGCUUGUGAACGUCUCGAAAGUAUCCGCGCUAACGGGGCCCGUAACGCUAAAAUCGAAUACCUAUAACAUUUCUGUCUGUAAUCAUAGAAAAAUGAUUAAUUUUCGACAGAUUCUCAAUUAUCAUACACUUUUACGGCAUCGAGUGGAUACAUUUAAAAGUUUACGUACAUACUCGGAAAGAUAGGGAGUAUGUUUUACAAAUCUUAUGCUUACAGAACUGUUAGUGCGUGGUUCUGAAAAUUCAUCGGUACACGUUCAAGUGCAAAAAAGAUCGUAUUGUUUAUUAACUUAUUCGAUGCAUCAUUUGUUCGUCAAAUAUUUUACGAACCGAGAAGUUUUUUUAUUUUCCGUUCGGUAAAGUGUACAGUUUCAUUUAGAUCGUCCUUCGCUACUCCGUUCUUUUGCAUUUCGUUCGUCUGCGUUGGAAGAAUGACAGUCUCGGAAGAAAUGGCCACGGAGCUGGCAAAUAAGAAAGCUGAGCGCGAAGCUCUGCGUGGCGUAAUUCAACAAUGGAACGCCAAUAGAUUGGAUCUGUUUGAACUUUCGGAACCGAACGAGGAUUUGGAGUUUCACGGUGUAAUGAGAUUUUAUUUUCAAGACAGCGGUCAGAAAGUGGCGACAAAAUGUAUUAGGGUAGCAUCAGAUGCGACGAGUCAAGCGGUGAUCGAAACUUUAAUUGAAAAAUUCCGUCCAGAUAUGCGAAUGCUCUCGGUUCCGGAGUAUGCGCUUUACGAAAUACACGAAAACGGCGACGAACGUAAACUCGGUCUGGAUGAGAAACCACUGCUGGUGCAGCUAAAUUGGCACAUCGAUGAUCGAGAAGGACGUUUUCUGUUGAGGAGGAUCGAUGAUAAGACGAACGCGCAAGGCGUAGGCUUCUCUUCUUCGGAGGGGUCCAGCUUUCGUAGAAAGCUGAGCAAACGGGAAAAGAAACAGAUGAAGAAACAAGAAAAACUGAGUCCGCCUAAAGAGUUUGGAACAAGAGAAAACACAGUACCCCUCGAUCAGAAUGGCGUGGCUGAAAAAUUGUACACGGGUAGGCAUGACGUUGUUUGAAACGUUCAGCGUGUCGCUUAAGCAGCAAUGUUUGUUGGUUUUAGAUUGCCGGAAACUAGCUUUACCAGAAAUUCGAAUCCGGAAGCCGUGAUGAGGAGGCGACGUCAGCAAAAGUUAGAAAGAAAACUGCAGCAGUUUCGCAGCAAGGAUGGUGGCCCGGACAGUGGGACAUUGAAGAUUUACGGCGAAGCGCUUUGCAAGGAUGUACCGUAUAAAACGCUACUUCUGAGCGUACGAGAUUCAGCGGUUCACGUUGUGCGAGAGAUGCUCUCCAAAUACGGUUUAGAGAAGGUUGAUCCGCAGCAGUAUUGUCUCGUGCAGGUAAAUAGCGAACACGUUAACGGAGGAUCUCAACAGGAAUACAUAUUGGACGACGACGAAUGCCCUCUAGCUAUUCUCAUGAAUCAUCCUUCUGCACGUGGUUCCAUCAUGUUUCAUGUCCGAAGAAGGCCUGCCGAUUACGUGCCUCGGAAACGCAAGAAAAAGCCUAGUGGCAAGUGGAACGAACUAGAUCACAGAUACGAAGAUGAAAGAUUGCCUUUUUUGCUGGAAUUGAAUCCUGACGGGAGCGACGUUCCAAAUGGAGCUGGUGCAAGACAUCGGUUACAACCUAACGUGACGGAGGUGGGUUCGGAAAGACCGAUAGGCCCUCAAGCUGUUCAAGCUCAAACUCUCACGUUGACUGGACCAACUGUUAUGCCGAGACACUGUGUGAUCGCUUUUACGGAAAAUAUCGUUACUCUCACCCCUUGCUCCAGGGAUGCUCACACAUACGUGAACAACCAACGGAUACAUCAAACGACGAUCCUCCAGAACGGAGCGAUCGUGAAAUUCGGCAGACUGCAUACCUUUCGGUUCAUCGAUCCGGCACCCGAAGAACGCAUCAGACAACGACACGAGUCUACGAGGCAAAUCGAAUACGGUUACGAUCGACGCUCGCCAGACUUGACCGGUCAGGAGACAAACGUGGAGCGAUACGGCUCGACAUCCGGCACUCCGAACAGCGGACAGAAUCAAGGGUCGCAGAAUCAAGGCCAGGCGAAUCAGAACAAGCCUCAUCCAUCUAGUCCGAGCAAAUCGACGACUAAUUCCGCUGUCGCAUCUCAAAGUCCGACGCACGCGUCAGAGUCCACCCAUAAUUACGAGACUACGUUUGAUCUCGAUGGAAACGUUGAGACUGCCAGUUUAACCAGCAGCAGAGACGGUAACAGGGACGUUGCAAAUGAUCGCCAAGUACGUGGCACGGAUCCAAUUUUGCCAGCCGUGCUAGAGUUCCUGGAGGAAACGGAGGAAACGUUUUUCCACGCGGUGAUCACGGACGUGGAACCGUCCGCGCCUCAAUUCAAACUUGCACCAACGUAUACGCUUUCUGCAGCGAGGUACCGGGCAAGUACGCAUUACAGGCCAGAGCUACAACCGACGGAAAGGGCGCACAGGUUGACCGUGAUGCUGGCGAAUGUUGCCACCAUGAUACAACGCGUGAUACAGGAACGAUACAUGGACGCGUCUUCUCUGGCGCUGUGGUUGGCAAACGGGUCAGAAUUAUUACACAUGCUGAAGAACGAUCGACACGUGGGUGCGUUCUCGACAAGAGCGCAAGACAUUUUGACGGAAGCUGUUCACGCUGCAUUCGCAUCUUUAGUGCGAUGCAUAUCUUUGGAGCUAGCUCCUGCAAUGUCUCAGUUCAUGGCUGACGCCGACGAGCCCGCGAAAGAGGCCGGGGUUUUACAAAUAUUUUCCAACACGAUGGCUCUGCUAAGGCGGUGCAGAGUAAAUGCCGCUCUCACUAUUCAAUUGUUCAGCCACCUGUUUCACGCGAUCAACGCGACAGCGUUCAACUCGUUGGUCUCGAAUACGAAUUUGUGCGUCCGAUGGUUCGGUCGUCGAUUGAAAGCAAGAUUGAACGCGCUCGAGACCUGGGCCGAGAGACAGGGUCUCGAAUUGGCGAGCCAGUGCCAUUUGGCAACGAUCAUGCAAGCGACGCACUUGCUACAGGCGCCGAAAUACAACGCGGAGGAGCUUGCCACCUUAAGCUCCACGUGUUUCAAAUUGAAUUCUCUUCAGGUCAGGGCGUUGUUACAAAAGUAUCAACCAGCCGCUGACGAACCGAGACUUCCAGCGGAACUGAUCGAGAACGUGGUACGAGUAGCGGAGAGUGUGGCCGACACGCUGGCGCGUGCUGACGGCAGAGAGAUUCGACUGGAGGAAGAACCAACGCUCGCGUUGGCGCUUCUUCUGCCCGAGGAUGGAUACAGUUGCGAGGUGAUACGCGGAGUUCCACCAGGAUUAGCAGAAUUCUUAGCGCCGUUGCAACGCGGUCUAUGUCGAAUGGCUCCGCAGCCUACGAGCAGCGGAUACUGGACCAUUUACAUGAUUGAUCAUCACAACAAUUUUCGCAGUCCCAGCGCGAUGAGUAACAGAUCCGGUAGCGGCUAUUCCUGUAACGCAGGGGGACCAAAUUCCUCUCAGCCAGAGAUACACGUGAUCAAAUUACACAAAUCUACCAACGGGAUGGGUUUGAGCAUUGUCGCGGCAAAGGGCGCCGGUCAAGAUAGACUGGGAAUAUAUAUAAAAAGCGUGGUUGCAGGUGGUGCCGCCGAUGCUGAUGGUAGAUUGACGGCUGGCGAUCAACUGCUCAAGGUUGACGGACAAAGUUUAGUUGGAAUUACUCAAGAAAAAGCCGCCGAGUAUCUGGUGCGCACGGGACCGAUAGUGACCCUCGAAGUUGCCAAGCAGGGUGCCAUAUAUCAUGUGGCUACUUUAUUGUCGCAACCGUCACCGGUUAUGAGCAGAGCGCACAAGGUUCGACCCAAGUCCGAGCACUUGGAACCUCCGAAGGUACAAGAAGCAAGCGACGAGCAUCCGUCCAGCUCGCGUUCGAUGGGUAAUUUAUUGGAUGCGCCAAGGCCCACGGCAAUUACUUUGCCAGACCGUUCGGUCGAUCCAGUGUCAGGUGCGACUCUUUGUCCCGUUUCGAACUUUGAUCAAUUUACUCGGUACAAUUUAAACGAUUCGUGCGCGCGUUUACCAAUCGAAUCUUCUUCGGUACGUAUAACGGACGCGGCGAUGGACCAUAAAGAAGAAAAAGAAGAAGAAGCAAAAGUCGCGUCUUUCCUCGCGAACAACCGCGACGAUUCUUUCCAUUUAGUUUCCAACGUCGAAGAUGACUCGUUCAAGGUGUCCUCGAAUUUUCACUUGUCGAGCAGGUCAUAUGAACACGACGACGGUUUUAACAAUCUUGAUUCUAUACCGUACAUCGACCAGAUGGAUGAAACGUAUCCAUCGAGCGACCAAUCUUACGAGUGUCGAUUGGAGGAAGGUGAUGGGACAUUUAACCUCGUAACUGGAAGUAAUGGAAGCAGUGUCCGUUUGUCCAGUCUCGGAAGAGAAAAUAGUAGAAAAUACAUUGCGGAUUUAAAGACGGACGCCACGAUGUUUGAAUUAAAUCUUGACCUGUCCGGUUUGGACAACGAUACCUCGACCAAUCUCUCCAGUGAUAUAUCAAGCGAUCUAUCAAGCUUCCAGGUAUCUCAGAAGUGUUGGAGAUCUCCGGAAGAGUUGAGAUCGAUGAAACUGCAGAGUUAUCGAAGAUUCGCAUCAGAGCCGAAUUUUACUUUAACCGACUUAGACGGAAAUAAUUCUGAUAGCUGUCAACUCGUUGAAAAACACUGCCGAUCUGAAUUGGAUUUGAGAAAUGACGAACAAUGCGUCGAAGAAAUUUGUUGGUCAAGGGAGAAGCUACCACUCGGAAAGUCAAUUGCGGAUACCACAAAUGACAAGAAACAGAUGGAAACCUUAAAGAAUGAUAAAGCGAGAAAGUUGUCGUUGGCUGAGCAACAAUGCGUGAUCGAGCAGCUUGAAGAAAUGUCUAAUCUUGACAAUACGAGCAGCGCGAUUUUCUCCCUACCGAUCAGUCUCAUUUCGAGUGCGUCUCUGACUACUUUGCCGUUGUUUGAACACAUUGAACCGCGCCAUAAAAUUUUCACGCGAACACACGACGAUGAAUCGAUAACGCAAUUUUCCAGUUCCUGUCCCAAUUUCGAGAGCGUAAGACUAUCGAGGGAUAAUUUACGAGGCCCUUGUUUCGAUCGAAGGUAUUCAAAUGACGAAUUGAAAUUGAAAUGUUGCCAGGAUAAAUGCUGUUUGCAUCAAAAGGAAAUUCAAGAUAAUAAACUUAACGAUAGCAACAAGUUACAGGAAGAAAAAGAGCCGCCAGUGAUUGACGACGAUGAGAAUCGACAAAAAUCAAUCGCUUACACGAGAUUAGCUCGAAUGUCUCUAAACUUCAAUUCUUUUUUACGACCUCGCCGCAUGAGCGAACGAGAUUUACCAUCGCGACUUGGACGCGACGUAACCGCUCCUCAGCAACAAAUGCAUACCAGCAAGUCCGUGCCAGCGUUGCACAACGUAGGUACAGAUGGUAAGCAACAGCACGAGGUAUUCAACCCUGGUUAUAGCAGAGCAUCGUCCAGUAAUAGCGUUACUCCGCCAGUCACGCAGCCGUUGCCGAUGAACGCCAUUAAUGGCUCAACGUCGUUACGUUCUCGUUCCAGUCAUAAUUUACACGACCCGACGAGAAUCGGUACGUUACCGCCUAGCGGUCUUCUGGUCGGUAGACAACAAUCCUCUCCGAAUUUGAAUCCUGGUCAAACAACAACGAAUAACAAUGCUUCGAGUAACGUUAACGCAGCCUUGAACGUGCUUCAAGGUAACGAAGCUGAAAGGUUUUAUCAGAAUUUGAGUAUCUACAGGAAUCAAGACGGCACGGCGAAACAACGAUAUAGUCCAUCUCAGCAUUUGGAGGAGAGAAAUCUUCUGCAGCCGCAGAAGAACUCGAGAGGUUCGCAAAAUUCUUUGAAUCGACCGGGAACGUUUGAAACGAACCAAAUCAGAGACCGUCCAAUAUCCGCUUACGUACCUCAAAACCAACAACAGUCUUAUCUAGGCGGGCAAUCGCAGUCGCAAUCGCAGUCGCAAUCGCAAUCGCAAUUGUAUUCGCAACAAGGAUGCGCACCACCACCUCCGAGAUCUCAGUCCUCGCGAGACAUGAUACGACAGGAAGCAAAACUUCAGGAAAUGCAGGAAGAAGUGAGAAGACGGGAAUUGCGGGGUGGCGUGCCAGUUCCAUCGAAUCAAUAUCGACCAAAUACCGCGUACAAUGUAAAAGCAAAUACGAUUGCAUCGACAAGUUCCUCCGUUCGUCCGACGAAAUCUCUUGGUUCUCAACCAAAUUUGGGAUCGAGUCCGCCGGUGACGGUGCCCACAUCUCCGAUUUCGGUAUCCAGCCAUAGCGCGAAACAAGUUGGUACCUCGAGUUACGGUUACUUGGAUCCGCAGUAUGGAUCGUACAUGAUCCAACACAGCAAGUCCCCGCAUAUGCAUCCGCAUCAACAUCAACACCAGCAUCAGCAUCAACAUCAGCAUCAACACCCGCAUCAAUACUCUCAUCAACACCAAUACCAACAUCCGCAUUACCAUCACCAUCAGAACAUGCAACAGCAGAACUUUGUUCACGUCCAAUACGGCACUACGCCUCCAUCGAGAGGAAAAAGCGAAUUGACGCGAUUACAACCGAAUGGAAUGAUGCUCGAAUAUGGGAGAGAUCAGAACUCUCAAGAAGCUGAUCAAAGUCAACGUCUUACCAUUGGAUCGCAGUAUUAUUUAAAUGGAAAUUCCGACGUACGAAACGAACAGUACGCUGGUGAAAAUAGCAUGAAUAGAUCACAGAUCGCGGCGGAAGGUAAUACUUUGAUGACUAAUGAGAUGACUCCGAUUAGACCCACCCUUCCGGAAGAGGGAUACACCGAAAGCCCUCCGCCGCCGCCACCAAACACUUCGACUCAUCCUCUUUAUAACAAACAGUCGGAUUCGAGAUACACCGCGAGUAUGCAGGAUCCUCCUCGCGGCGGGUAUUACCCGGCUAAUGGGAUGGGAAGCGCGUUGCAACCGCGUCAGUAUCAGUACAGUGCCACGAAUCCUUGGCAGCGAGAAGAAAGAGAAAAGGAACAAGCGCGCAGAAGGGAAGCGGCAAGACAAUGGCGGGACCAACAAAUAGCGGAAUUAAGCGCGUUACCUCAUAGAACUCCCCAACAGGAAGAACAGCUUAGAGCGCUCCAGUUGGAGAGGGAUUUUCAAAAGAGAGCCGAAGAGGUCGCUAACCAACAAGACGACGAUGAGGAAAGUAAUGAUUUGGACGCAGAAAGUAUACAGCGACUUCAAGGGUUGCUUCGUACAACGACGGUUCAAGAACGAAACAAUGCAUCGGAACAACAGGUCAGUCUGUCUAGAAACAACGUGGCCAAUCAAUCCGUCAGAGGAAACUAUGCUGCACAAAGUCUGGAUAGAACCGUGCAUGGUACGAGUAUUAUCACGCACGGGGCUGACGCGUCGCAAACUUCCCAAAACGUUCAAACGAAUUGUUUAAGCCAGCAAGAAAACUCUAAUUCCCAUUCGUCGUCGAACUUUCAACACGAGCAAAGUAUGCAAAUGCAAAAUAGUGCCGGACAAAUGCAGAUAUCAUCCUUAAUUCAAUCGAAUACUGCUCAAAAGUCCGGCUCUCAUGCUCCUAUUCAGUCCAUCGAAGACAAAGAUAUGCAUCGUAGAUCAGAUGAGAUUAAACGAAGGCAGUUGGAACUCGAUGAAGUUCAGAAAAAGAAAGAGGAAGAUGCUAAUAAGCAGCAACAAAUUCAACAGAUGUAUCAACAGCAGCAACAACAGCAGCAGCAGCAGCAGCAGCAGCAUCUCCACCAUCAUCACCAUCAUCAUUUGCAGCAACCGCAAUCUCAUAUCAAGAGUCAACAAAUGUUACAUCCUAAUAUGUUACGGUUGGAUAACUUGUCCAUUAAUGGACUCACCUCGUCUUCUACACAAAAUGGUAACAACGACGCGCCUCUGCCACCGGAACGAGGUUCCAGUUUUGCGGUGAUGUCGCAGACAGGGGUCCUCCGAUCAAACAAUGCAAAUUCAUCGAAUAUUAUGACAUUAACUUCCCCGCAAUCAACGACCGUCAAGAGAGUCUCCUUUCAUGAUUCGAACGCAAACGUCGAAUCAGUACAACGAAAUGUAUCGUCUGGAAAUUUAACCGCGAUUCCGUCCACAACUAUGGAUGUCAUUUCAGAAGAUCCAAACAUUUUCAUCAACGAUGCUGAAAUGUUAUUGGCAUCUCCAAAGACGCCCGAAGGACCUGGUAUACCAAUUAGCGGUAGUACACCUGGCGUGAUAGGCGCUCAAGAAGUUUACAAGGAUCCGAGGCAAAGACGACUUGCUGAAAAGCAAAAACAACAGCAACAAAAUUCUCAAGUUGGACCAGUACCUGAGAAACUAAGUUUCAAGGAGAAAAUGAAGAUGUUUGCGAUGGAAACGGGAGAAGAUGGAACCCCACGGGAUAAGGUGAAAAUUUCGCGUGCUCAACGCGAAAUAGAUAACAUAGGUAAUCCUACUACUGCACUGAUCAGCAAUAACGGCAACAACAGCAGUAAUAAUUACAACAAUAAUAACGGUAACAAUAUCAAUGCCGUUACUACUAACAAUACAAACAAUAGCAGCAGCAGCAACAACAACGCUCAUAACAAUAGGAAUUAAGACUGAACAUCGAAAUUUAUUUUCUGUAUAAUGAUACCGGAUAACAUUAGUAACAGGAAUAGAUUCAACAGAAAUAACUGGUCCACUGAUCCAACUUUUUUAUCACGCAGUAAGUCAAAUAAACGAUAUGGUUUAUUUUUAAUGAUAUAUCGUUCGAUAAGAGUAUACGCCGAAUUUAUUUUCCACCACUACCGAGCCCGGGAAAAGAAAGAUAAAUAUGAAACUAUUUGUAACAAACGCAUUCCGACGAUGAAACGAUGAAACGAUUCCUGGUUGUCUGUGCCUAUACGACAGCAAUUCCGCAACUAUUCGUGUUUCAUGCAUCUGACUCGACUCGUUCGAAACAGGACCAAUUUAAAGUUGAUGUUUUCAUAAUUAGACAUAGCAUCGAAUAAAAGUUUGCGACGAAGUGUCACUUUGGACUUCAGAAUUGUUGUUGCAUCAAUUUCGCUAAGGCAACGUAUGAUUACAUCGAAAAAGGUUAUAUGUCACGAAUGUACAUAGAUAGUAUUAGUUUAAUUUUUAGAAUUACUUGUUAUGUACGAUGUUGUUUCGUAUUUAUACAUACAUAUAUUCGUUAUUACGCGUAUCAAGUACAGAGUACUUUAGGCAACGCGUAUGCGCACGCACGUUUUUCGUUUAUUCAGCCAACAGAUACAAUAGCUUUAAUGCGAUCGUUUUAUAGAACGUGCACCGAUUAAUCAAAUAGGCAGCUUUAAGUAAAUCAAUGAUGAGAAUAUUAGAGUGAUACACGUUCGGUAUUAUAGAAAAAUUUCAUCUCAGAACAGUAGAUUAUGGUUAAUUAUUAAAUUAUAUCGUAGAUCGAGAAAAGGCGACUAAAAUUGCAUUAUUUGUUAGGUACUGUUCCCCGCUCUAAGCCUCGGUUUAUCGCAGUUACGUUUAGUAACGUUUCAGCGAAAUUUCAUUCCAUUGCGUUAUCUUUGUCGACGCUAAUCACCUAUGCAAUUAUUUCUCGCUAGUGUUUCUAAUGAGAAAAUCAACGACCGUAGAGUGACUAGAUUUAAGCGAAUGAUCGAAACUCUUUAACAUUUCCCUUAUAAUCUUUGUUCGUUAUUCUGAUUUUCCGAUCAACAGUUGAUCGCAAUGUUCUUACAUUGCCACUUUAAAAGAAAGCGUGAAGAGUAUAAGAAGAUGAAGAAAAAUUAGGGAGAAAUGUGCAGUGAAUAAAAAUAUUUUCUUUGUUGUGUAUAGCAAACAUAAAAUAUUGUAUCUGCACUAUAUUUUUUCUAACUUUCAUAUUUCCUGAAAAAACGAACUUUAUUCGUUAGCGAUCUAAAAUAUUAAUAUUUUCACUUGAUAUCUUGUUAGCAAAUAUAUUGUCACAGUUUACUAUUGUAUACAUUAUAAUUAUACUUUUAUAAAUCAGUUAUUUUUUAAUUACUGUAAAAGACUUACGAUGCGAUUAAGAAAUAAAAGAAAGAAUCACUCGCAA